AUUCUGUUACUCUCUGGGCUCCUUUGUCUAGUUUGAUCUGAAAAAGAUUGAGUUUUUAUUAUUAUAAAAAAAAUCCAAUUUUUAUCAACAGUUCUCUCCCCGAAGGUCCCAAUUUGAAAAGACCGGAUGUUGACAAAUUUUCAUGUCCUGUUGUUAGAAGGUCGUUUGUUCUUCUGUUUGUGCGUGGGAGUGAUAUCUUCUCUAUUAUCUGGGAGAUCUCUCUCUCUCUAAAAGUCUUUGCUUUCGUUCAUUCUCUCUCUUGAUUGUGAGUGGCCCAGUGGAUCGAAAUCUCUCAAUUGGAUGACGAUCUGCAGUCCUUUCCUCUGUAUUUUUUGACCCAUUUCUUUAUUGUUUGAGUAUCUCUCGGUAGUGGGGACACUUGGGUCUCUCUCUCUCUCUCUCUCUCUCUCUCUCUCUCUCUCUCUCUCUCUCUCAUCUUUACUUUGUCGCUGUUGUUGUUAUUCUCUUUUGAUGGAAGACGGGCUGCGCUCACUUGGGUUGUGUUGGUUUUCCAAGUGAUGCUUGACCCUUCGCAGAGGAGCUUUAGAGAUGGAUUGCAGCAGUGAGAUCGAGGUAAUAAGUGACCGGCAACCUAGAUUUUAAAAUUUGAAGCUCAUUAUUCUCAUCAGCAAAAAAGAUUUGCUUGAAGUGGUGUAGACUCAAGUACUAUUGAAGCUUCAGAAUUGGCUUAUUUCAGAAUUGAUUUAAUUUGAUGAGUAAUGCCAAGUAAUCGUGCCUUCGGGAUUUACUGGGACUGUUUUGCAAGUGGCUGUUUCCUGCUUGAUAGGUAAUGGGUACAAAAGUGCAGUGUACAAGCUACCAACCAAGAUUUUAUGCAAUGGGGAAUCUUAACGAAGAUGCAGAUGGAUGUUGGCCUCAGUACUAUGUGGAUACAUCAGGUGGAAAUAUUUACAACAGUUACCAGCAAAGACCAUCAAAUGGGUGUCUGGAAUUUGACAAAGAAAUGCUUAAGAGGACAAUGCUUGAACAUGAAGCUAUAUUUAGGAAACAGGUCUAUGAACUGCACCGUCUUUAUAAGAUCCAAAAGGGCAUGAUGGAUGAAUUAAAGAAAGGGUCAUGUAGACCUGUACAAACCGAUACAUCACAAUCAAAUUCUUUUUUGCCCCAAAUACCAUCCGAAUGCACUUCUAGAAUGUUCCAGACGACCCGCCUAUCUGAAACCACCAUGAGUAGCAAUGAAGCACCUUUGACAGUAACUGAUGACAGGAAACCUAGGAGAAUGUUUGACCUUCAACUCCCAGCUGAUACGUAUAUUGAUUGUGAUGAAGAAGAAAGAGCGGGAAAGGAAGUUGUUGCUGAGUCAUCUUCUGUAAAUAAUGUGAAGCUCACUCUUGGCAUUAACGAGGGUUCUAAUUGUGGAGAACUGUGCAUUAAAAAAGCAUCUGUUUCAGCUUCCACUAAAUUUCGGGGCCCAAGAACCUCUUUUGCAGAGAAUCAAGGGCUUCAAUUUGCAAUGAGAUCAAACACAGUUUUCUCAGGCUCGCCAAGUGCUUUUCUCAGGCCUUACGGUGAAGGGACUAGUUCAAAUCGUUUUCUUGUAGAUGAUGAUAAAACGAGUUGGGAAUGGCCAUUCUAUAGCAAUGAAGCUAGACAAAGCACCAACAAUCUGAACUUUUUCAGUCCUGGUUCCUCCAAGGAGAAAUUCUCCAUGCGAUCUGAACACGUACACUCAAAUCAGAAAUCUCAUGAAAUUCCUUCUCCAGAUCAAAAUAAAAGAGAGACAUGGUUCAAACCGAAACAUGAAGACUAUGGUAGAAACCCUCAGUUACCCCAUUCAUUAUGGAUGAAACCUGUAAAUGCGUUCAGUAAUGCUCCAUUAUCAGUUCCAUCUCUUCAAUGCUUCAAUGCAGCAUCUUAUCGAAAUGGUUUUAACCAAGGUUUUAGGUCGGACUAUAGCUCAGCAUCACAGAUAACGUCUCAGCCAAUCGCCUUCAGCAAUAUUGAUGGUUCUGGACUUCAAAAGCCUGAAGGAGACAUAAAUUUGAAUCAAACACCUUCCAAUGGAUGCCGAAAUGGCCUCACUCACAAGAUCAAUGAGCAAGAGAAGAAGUCUGAGGAUCCGUCAAAAAAGCUUCCUUGGGUCAGAAAGAAACCAACUGUUAAUGCUUCCCCCUUACUGGAGCUGGACCUGUCAAAAGGUUAUCCCCAGCUAAAGGCGAUGGAUCCUAUACAUGAAAUGACACAAGAAACUGAGAAAAACAUGAACUUAUUUGAUGGGCAAACUAGUAAGAAAAUUUUUGGUUUUUCCAUUCCAGAACGAAUUGUUGAUAUCGAGCACAAAGAGAAAGAUCACAUAGAUUUAAACUUUGACUUGAACUUUGACCUGAAUUCAUCAGACCCCUCAGCCGAAGUUGAGAUGCAAGAGGCUCCCUCACAAGUCUCUGCACCACCUGUUGCUUUCAAGAUCGACUUGGAGGCACCAGUUGUUUUAGAGGAAGAAAAACAAGAUGAAUCCUUAGUUAGAGAAGCAGCAGAAAGUAUUCUCUUGAUAUCAUCAGAUAAGUGUAGGCACUUGGAUGAAGCUGAUACUUUGCGUUGGUUUGCUGAAGUGGUUUCAACUUCAAAUGAGGAGUUGGAUACCUUUGAGAAGUUAACUAUGGAGCUCGAAGAAAUCAAGCCUGAAGAAUUUUGGUGCAGGUCAUGGCAAAAACAACAAAACAAAGAUGAUGAUGACGAAGAUGGUGAUGGUGAUAAUACGAGGAGAAACAUGGCUACAUUGCUAUUCACGAAGCCUCGGAGAGGUCAACAAAGAAAAAGAAGGCAAAAGAGGGAUUUCCAGAGAGACAUCCUCCCAGGACUUUCAUCGUUGUCGAGGCGAGAAGUGAUUGAAGACCUCCAUUCUAUUGGAGCAGGAGGAUUGACAAGGAGGAGGGUGGGUCAGAAACCUAGGAGCUUGGCUGUCACUGUGGAGGAGAUUCAUGUAAGUCCACUUCCUGCAUUUCCAGCAUCUGCGCCGAAAUCUGAAGUAGAGUUACAUGAGAUGGAAGUUGAUGGGAGGAGCAUGAUUGGAUGGGGGAGGACUACAAGGCGGUGUCGUAGGCAGAGAUUGCCGAUGGCGACCAAUGUUGCAGCUCCUCUUACUUGAAGUGAAGAGAUAGCAAUACUGAUGGUGACAACAAUUAUAGUUUUCUUGAAGAGAUGAUACAGUGGCAUUGUUGUAUAUGACUCCUCGUUCUAGAAAUUGGCCUUGUGAUUGCAGAAGGGCUUUGAGUUUCGCAUAAACAGCUUGUACAUUUUGAGAAUAAAUGCUGAAUCAAUUCAGGUAAAAAAAAAUAGACUGAUAUUGG